AUGACCACAACAGCUAUUGCAGUCCUGGUGAUCUUGUUGAUCCAACCUGUCUUUGGAUUUGUCGUGCCACCGCCGCGGCCUUCCAGUGGUGGUAUCCAUCACUCAUGCAGUAGUAGUCAUCGCCCAACCUUUACAACAACAACAACAACACCAGGAACAUCGAGUCGUCUAUUUGCAUUGGAACGAGCCAAAGAAGUCUUUGACAAAUAUAGUAUCUCCAAUGUUAUAUCUUCCAAAGAUUUGGCCAACAUGUUGAACUCUCUCGAUGUUGAUGCCUCUCGAGAAGAAGCAGACGCUCUGUUUCGAUACUUGGAUACAGAUGGAGAUGGAUCUAUUACACUUGAAGAGUUUUUACCCUGGUACAGUGAAACUGCAGAGGAGGCAAGCGAAAUAUCUUCCACCUUUCAGAGUUUGUUGCUUGGCCGUCGCACGGUGCAUCAGUUUGACCAAACCCCAGUGAGUGACGACGUCUUGAGACGAGCCAUUGCCUGUGCGAUUGCAGCUCCGAAUCGAAGUCAAAGCGAGCCUUGGAGAUUUAUUCAAGUUGGUCCUGAAACGGUACGAAAGUUCGUCUCCCUCAAGGAAUCCAUGGAGGCACCACAAAGUGAAUCUUCGAACAAUUGGACCAAGAUCCCAGGAUGGUGUGUGGUCACUUCCAAAUUGAGCGAUGAUCCCGUGGAAGAACUAGAUGACUUUAAGUCGACCAGUUGUGCCGUUCAAAACUUCAUGUUGAGCAUGUGGAGUGAAGGCAUUGGGACCAAAUGGACUUCGGGACCUGUCCAAAAGACCCAAGAGUUUGCGGACCUGUGUGGUGUGGAUACCAAGGUUGAAAAAGUAGCUGGAUGCAUCUGGUAUGGCUUUGCCACUGGGGGACUAAAGAAUGCGGAUCCCAAGCGACGAAAGAAGGGAGUGGAAGAUGUCUUGACGACCUUGCCAUAG